GAGAAAAUUCAAAUGGAUGCAACAUUGAACUCCUAUUUCCCCGCAAACAUCCAAUGAAUAUUAAAAGGAAUACAGACAAGUGGAACCUAAUGUAUAAUCAUGAGAACUUCCUGAUGCCAUGACAAGUGGGAGGGAACCACAGCUGUGUGUCACUCUACAAAUAUCUCUUCCCUGUGAGUUUACUAAAAACUCUGGCUUACACCUGUUCAGGAGCUGCACUGAUUUUCAAUGGUCAAUCACUUCUAGAAAGCAAUUCAAGAUCCUGACUUAUCUCUGUCUGUUUCUGUGCUGUGAGGGCCAUGUUGUACACAGAGUUGCUCAAGCUGUGGGAUGAGGCUGUGAGAGCAAUAGACAGCCGGGACUGGCAAGGUGCUCUCACUAAACUCAACCAGAUCACAGAUCACAACUGUCGCACUAUGUUUGUGAUGGCUUCUACACACAUUGCCCUGGGUCAAGUGGACUUGGCCGUCAAGGCUCUCGACCAGGUAAUCGCAAAGGAUUCGUGUCUUGCUGUGGGAUUUUUUCAGAGGUCUGCUGUCCAUAUGAUGGCAAACAGGCUGGAGGAAGCAUUGGCUGAUUGUAUAUGGGCUCAGAAAAAUAUGAGAGAAAACCCUGUAAUUGACUACAAACAGCUGGGUCUUCGUUAUAAAAUGUACAGCUGGCAGGUCCUUUAUAAUGCAGCUGCCGUCCACUCUAGACUGCAACAAUGGGACAAAGCCCAAGAAAUUUUGACGGCGGCCUCACAGGAGAGAGGAGCGGGGAAGAGCAACCUGGUAGACACAGCUCUAGAGGCUGUUUCUGUAAGACUCAUUUUUUUGGAGCCUCUUCUGGUCCCUGAGGGUGAAGUGUUCCGUCCCAGGAAACAGGAGAUAGAACAGCUUAAACCGCGGGACUUCUUGGGUGAAGCUAAGGUCAUCACUUCUUUGAUUCCAAAUGAUGACUUCGGAGGCUUUGAUCCUCUCAGACCACAGAAACCAGGGUACUAUGAGCCAAAGGUAGAAGAUGGCCAGGACUCUCGUUACAUGAUAAUGAAGAGUGCGUGUGUGGCAAAAGGGGCAGGAGAGCUAACAGUUCCUGCUGGAGCAAAAGUGUUUUUGUACAGUGAUGAUGACAAGGACGGACUGGCAGUAGUUAUUUAUGAUGGAAAGAGAGGUCUGGUUCCCAGUUUCCUGCUUGAACCGAUGGGCAAGAAAAACAAGGCUAAAAACAAGCGAAUUGAACUCGCCAAUGGCAUCCCACACCCACCAGGCCUAAAACCCCCAAACCGACCCCAAGGUCCAUCUCAGCGUUCGUUAGAGCUGCAACCCUCCUAUGCCGGUGCUACCCACACAACUCCUCCUACAACCGGUAACUCCACCCGCGUCCCUACACAGCAGGUUCAAACUUCACCUCAGGAGUCUGGAUCAGUCAUAGUCAAAGUGCACUAUACAUACACCAUGGCUCUGAGAGUCCCCUUAGAAACAUCUUUCCGGGAUCUGCAAGACAAAAUCACUGAGAAAUUAGGACAGCCAGCGACGAACAUUCGCCUCAGACACAGAAAGGAUGGCACAAGAGCACUAAUACCAGUAAGCAGUGUUGAUAGACUGGAUAGCCUGGAAGGUGUGGCUGAAUCAGGACGAGCCCAAAUCUGGUGUCAGAAUGAGGACCCUCUGGCCAACAGGACCAUUCUCUAUCAGAUGGUGGCACUGUAUGACUACAAUGCACAAGGCCCAGAGGAUUUGGAAUUCAGUGAAGGUGACACAAUUGACAUUCUCAGUGAAGUGAAUGAUGAGUGGUUAGAAGGGCACGUUGCUGGAAAUAUCGGCAUCUUCCCUCGAAGUUUUGCUCAACAGGAUACAGACAGCGUCAGUGGGACAUCAACAGAUUGACACAGCCUCUAAACAUCAACAGUGGCUGCAUUAGCCUUCAGUGAAUAUGAACUUUCUCAUGUGCAUCAACAGUCUCAAGGAGUCCAUCUGUUAAAAAUUACAGUGUUUAUCAGAAGAAUGUGCCUUCAUCUAACAUCUAUCUCAAUGCACACAGUGAUCACAGUAACUUCUGAGCACAAAUUCAAUUCCUUCUCUCCAUAUUUUUUUUUUUUCCUGUUCCGAAGACGAAUUUUCCUUAAUAACAUUUUCCUUGAUUUAUUUUUCCAUUCACGUAAUGAGAUUACAGCUCUCCUUAAGUGCUUUUAACUGGAAAAUAAUAUCAUUUGGUAAUUUAAGAUGUCUAAAAUAUAUUAUGUAUUAUGUAUGGUACCGUAACAUCCAAAUUCUGUGUAAAUUAGAUGCCAACUGAAAACUCCUGGCUCUCUUUACAGAGUGAGUUCAUUUAAUAUUAAUAGAAAAGGGAGAAUUUCAGGUACUUUUCGUGAUCACAAAAAAGGGCGGCUGGAGGCCAAAUCCAAAGUUUUAAAUAGUUCUCCACGGGAUGCCAGCUUUAGUUUACAUCAUUGCCACCCACCUUUUCUUAAGCUGCAGCUGACAUGGUAUCUAUCAUACACCAACCGAACAGCAGUACAGCAGAAAGAGAUGAUUUAACUUGCAUCACACCCAUACAACACACACUGCUGGCAGAUUUUAUUUUCGACUUGGUCAGGUGUCAUAAAAUGGCUUUUAAAUCACCCCUGUCCUGUAGUGAGAGCCGAAUACACCUCAGCGAGGUAUCCGUAAUGCAGUGUUUAAUGGCGUGGUGUGCUUUGUCAGACUGGGCACUGGGGCAUGGCACUGCAGCAUAUGAUCCCUCUGCUCUUUUAUAUUGCAGUAAUUAUGGGGUUGGCAGAGCCCAGCGUGACGCACAUUUCCCUCAAUUCCCAUUAAACAUUCUGCUAUUAAUCAAAGCCGUACUGCAUUCUGACCCAACGUUUACCGAUCAGUUCUUCCCCUCCUACCUUCUGUCCCCAGCUUUAUUUUUGAAAGAGUGAAAUUUUGCGUCCCGUUUAUGAGCUGUUGUAAACGGUGUAGUAUAAGUGUCAGGGAGUUAUACAGUUUAACAUGUUUCGGCGUCAAAACAACCUUCUGUCAGUUGUAUUUCAUUUUUUUUUUUUAGGAGAUGUAAGCGAACUGUAUUUGGGUCUUUGUGUAGCACAGCCAGCGGCUGCAAUUUAAUGGCUUUGACUGCGCAACCCGUCUUAAAAGUUAGUUGUUUAUUCAGUACAUCACUUGCUCUGUACUCAAAAGAUAAUGUGGCCAACUAUGAUGGUGCAGGGGGAAAUCUGGAGUCUUGAUUUUAAAUCAGAAGAACAAGAAUUAGAAGAAACUAGGUUAAACCAACCUAACCACACAGCUUUAUUAAAUCACUCUCACAAACACACAGACAUGUAGGGAGAAAGGACAAGGGAAGAUAUUUGGUAUUUCAGCACUUAAUUGAAUUUCUGGCAGACAUUUUGGAGCACUUUGGAGUGUGUAUGUGCGUCUUUGGUAAGUGAGUCACAGUUAUGCGUGACUUACAACUGAAUUGUAUUCACUUCUACAGUGCAUAAAGAUCAACGAGCAUCUCUAUUGUCUCAUUUAGGCCCAUUAAUUGUUCAUUAAUUUCUGUCACCAUGCACUGAUGCCAGGAGCAGUAAUUGCAAAUUAGCAAUGAAUUUGACUCCUUUGCUGCAAUGUCAUCAUCUUAAAGGGCUGUAAAUCAGUGGACACCGGGAAGGAUGAAAAGUUCAGCUGAGAGGGUCUAUAGAUGUUUAGAUGUUGUAGUUUACCAUUUUAAAUCAGUCAUUUAACUACUGAGGCUAUUAUUUUAAUGUUUGUACCUGUUCACGCUUGUUUUAUUAUGCUGCACUCUGUUUUGUAUUAUUGGGGUUUUUAUUUACUGUAUGUAGCACCAGUGUGUACAGCAAAUGCAUUUCGUUGCUGUCGUACCAGUAAAACAUAUGCAUUAUUACUGGAUUGGGUCAAUGCAGAUAGACUUUAAAAAAGGGAUGAGCUUAAAUACAGCCUUAAAGGAAGCAACAGUCUGUCCAUAUGAGUUUAUUAAUAGCCCUCAGUGAGACUAUUGGUGUACCGUAGGUUGUGGAUGUCUGCUGACAGGCCUUUCUAAUUCCUCUUUAUGAGCUUAGAGGAUGACACGUGUGUUUUAAACUGAGCUUUCACAGCAGCUGAAAUCCACAGUCUGGACUAAAACCUUGGCGCUUGCCUUUUAAGCACAUCAGACAGCCUACAUAAUAAGGAUAAUUAUUAUUGUUUAUACAAAACAAUUCAUGGAAAGCCAUGAAUGUGCAGUUUAUAUUGGAUUAUACAGCUUUUGUCAGUAUUGGACACAGCCUCUGUGAGAGUUGGGUUCUCACAAUACCAACCUGAUUUGAGCAGAGCUGGGUUUUAGAUGUGAUAUUACUCUCUUUGCCCAGCCAGACACAAGGGAUUAGAGAGCUUCAGGUAUAAAUGGAGCUCUCUCACAUGAAACACACACACACACACACACACAUACGUGUGUCCAAACACUGCCCUCGUUUUGCAAAUCUGUUCAAAACAGCUUUCACUUCCCCGUCUUAACUUCAAAUCAGCUGAAAGAUUGAAAUGUAAGGACCUUUAAAAUUUCAUCUGCACUGAGAUGUUUCUUUUUAAAGUAUUCCAAAGGAAAAUGUCAAUCAUAAUCAAGUUUGUUUUUCAUUACUGCAAAAUGUAUUUAGGUCACUACUAUUCUGGAUGUUUUUCUGUAUGUAACGUCUCUCUGGAAUACUUAAUUCUGACUGGUCAGUUGCGGCAUUGAUAGGUCAAAUAUUUUUGAUCUCUAAAUUGGAUGUUCCACUGUUGCCCUCAGAAACAUACUGGCAAAAUUUUUAUGUAAUGCAUUUUUUUUUUAAACUAAAUAUUAAACGUAAGUAUGUUACAGCGUUCAUCUUCCCAGCCAAAAUAAAAAUGUUC